GGGUCUCCGUGUCGUCUCUGCGACUCCACUUGCUCUUUUCGCUGGCCCUGGCUACUUGCGGCAACUCCCAUCUCCACGCGCUCUCCCAUCCGAGAUCUCAACCGCCUCGCCGGCGAGCGACUGACGGGCGGACGGUCCCGCCGGCUAUGGGGAACUGCUGCUCCGAUGAGGUGAGCCACGCCGGCGCUCAUCCCGUCGGCUCCGCCACCGCCAAAGCCGCCUCCGCAGCCUCCGCCGCGGCCGAUCGCUUUCUCCGCUCCCGUGGUGCCGGCGCGUCCACGCAGAUCGAGUUAUCUCUCUCUGCAUCAAAUUUGGGUGAUCAAGAAUAUUUUCCCAAGAGUAAACCCAUGGUUGUUGUGUAUUCCAAAAAGAGAGAUGGUACACUAGAAGAAAUUGGGCGCAGUGAAGUAAUUUUAAAUUCAUUGAACCCAUUUUGGACGACCAAAAUCAGUGUGCAGUACCAGUUUGAGGUUCUUCAGCAAUUGGUGUUUCAGGUCUUUGACAUCCACCAGCAGUUCCAUGAUGUCAGUGAAAAGAUGCUUAAGCUAGAGGAACAAGAGUUUCUUGGAGAGGCUACCUGUCUUUUGUCAGAGGUUAUCACCAAACGGGACAGACUGCUGACUCUGAAGCUUGGUGUUUCUGAACAUAACUUGCCAAAUCCUAAUAAUUUUGGUGAGCUAACUGUUCAGGCUGAAGAAAGUUCAGGUUCAAAAGCAAUAAUGGAGAUGAUAUUCCGCUGUUCGGAUCUUGAAAUCAAGGAUCUUCUAACAAAGAGUGAUACUUUUUUGCUAAUAUCUGGAAUAUCAGAUAGUGGAAUGCCUGUUCCAAUUUGCAAGACAGAAGUAAGAAAGAAUGAUCUCAAUCCUAGGUGGAGGCCAGUGAGUCUGAAUCUGCAACAGAUUGGAAGUAAGGAGAACCCUCUAAUUGUAGAGUGCUUUAACUUCAGUAGCAAUGGCAAACAUGACCUAGUCGGCAAGAUAGUCAAGUCAGUUGCAGAAUUGGAAAAUAUGUACCAUAGGAAGAAUGGUGAAAAUUUCUUUGUUCCUGCCAGCAAUGCACAUGAAUGUCACAGUAAGGAGGUGUUGAAGAGCCAGCUAUAUGUAGAGAAAUAUGUUGAGAGUAACAGACAUACUUUCCUAGAUUAUAUUUCUGUUGGGUGCCAGUUGAAUUUUAUGGUAGGCGUAGAUUUCACAGCUUCAAAUGGAAAUCCACGGCUUCCAGAUUCUUUGCAUUAUAUUGACCCCUCAGGUCGGCCAAAUGUAUAUCAGAAGGCAAUACUGGAAAUUGGUGAUGUUCUACAAUAUUAUGACCCACCGAAGCGUUUCCCCGCUUGGGGCUUUGGAGCAAGACCUAUUGACGGUCCUGUUUCUCAUUGUUUUAAUUUGAAUGGCAGCACUUAUCAACCUGAGGUUGACGGAAUACAAGGAAUUAUGUCAGCUUAUAUCAGCGCUCUUCGUAAUGUAUCAUUAGCUGGUCCUACCCUCUUUGGUCAGUUGAUAAGCACCGCCAUGGCGAUAGCUAGCCAAUCUCUUGCUGAGAAUCAACAUAAAUACUUCAUUUUGUUAAUAGUCACUGAUGGCGUGGUAACUGAUUUUCAAGAGACUAUUGAUGCGAUCAUAAAGGCAUCAGAUUUUCCUAUAUCCAUAAUUGUUGUUGGAGUUGGAGGGGCUGAUUUCAAGGAAAUGGAGUUUCUAGAUCCAAACAAAGGAGAGAAACUGGAAAGCUCAACCGGGAGAGUUGCAUCAAGGGAUAUGAUACAGUUUGCCCCGAUGAAGGAUAUGCACGGCACUGGGAUAUCCACACUUCAAUCACUUCUUGCUGAGGUACCAGGGCAAUUCAUGACAUACAUGAGGACAAGAGAAACCCAAACAGACAGUUAGUACAUGCAUGCUGCCUUCAAUCAGUACAAGAUGCACCUUGGAAUAUUCUUUGUUAAUAUCAUUUUCGUCCUUCCCGUUACAUAGUGGUGCAAGUUUCAAGUCAUGGGUGUGAGAUAGAUAGUAUGGACGUGUCAAGUGUAGGUGAGACAUCGAUCUCCUGGAGACGCCAACAUCAAAUUGGUUAGCUGAGCUUGUUUAAAAUCGUCGCCGUUAAAAAAAAAUGCUGCUUGUUAAGAGAAAUGAGGACCUCCACCAGCCCACCUUAAUUCCAUGGCAUCUUUUUUUUUAUUAUUAUUCUGUGUCAAGUUGGAUUCCUAGGCUGUACCGCCCAUCUUUCUCUACCUGUUUGUAAGAUAUGACUUUAGGGGUUUCGGCCUUUAUUAUCCCUAGUAGGCCCAUUGGAAUAGGAACUUUUUUGGCAUUGCACAUUAGAAUUUUCAAGUGUUGGCAUGGCUGUUUAGUUCUAUGGUGGUGACUCGUGACCUGUAUAAUAUAAUUUAGACAAUGGAAUAUACAGCAUUUGUGGUACAGCCAUGUGACAAUGUCAGAUUAAGAUUUGAGGCAUCUGGUUGCAAUACGUUUAUGUAUCGUUUUCUCUUUUAACUA